CGGAUCCAUUCCGUUCGAAAGCGCGAUGAUCGCGGUGGACCCGCGCCGGCGGGCAAUGAGCGCGAGCUUCCCGAGCAUGGGCGUGACCCGACGGGAGGUCCAUGGGAUGGCGGAAGCCUUCAUCGCCAUGUACAGCAGCCCGAUGCAAGCCAUGGGCUCCAAGCAUGGUCCGCUGGCCGAGCUGCGGGCAGGUCUCAUGUCGGCAACGUUCGUGCAGCACCUCAAGGCGCUGCCGCCAUCGACCUUCCAGUCGCUUGUGGACAUUGUCGCGCGCAUGGCCAUCAACAUGGAGGCGAGUCGGCUGGAAGACGACAUGCUGGUGAUUCUCUGCGAGGUCACCAAAGGCGCGCUGGUCGGGUACCCGACGCCACCGCUCGCCAAGCUCCUGCAAACGCUCAUCCAUACGCUCAUCCGCGAUAUCCUCCAUGACGCUGAUAUCGAGUCGGAAGAGCAAGAAGACUCGAGCUUCUUGUUGCAUCUGCAGACGCUUGCGGGCUGUCUGCACGGCAACGUCGGCGUCCGGCUCUUCGUCGCCGAGCUCCCGGAGCGGAAGGAACUGGUGCGGACGCUGGCCGUCAUGCUCAACCGCACGGACGACGCGAGCGUCCUCAUCUACAGCAUGUCGAUUCUCGCGCGUCUCGUGCUGAGCGAACCUGUGGGGCAAAAGCUCUUCCAGACCAAGAACAUUGAGAAGGCGCUAGCGCUCAUUAGCCCGAUCGUCUCGGACAAGGACAAUACCGUGCUGCUGCUGAGCUUGGACAACUCGUCGACCAAAGAAAGUGUCUCGCUGCAAAUGGCGUGCGUGGACCUUCUUGCGGACCUGGCGACGCAGCCGUGGAUCCUUCCGGCCUUGGAGGCCUCGGAAGAGCUCCACGAGCUCACGCAGAGCUUGGUGACCGAUCGGUUUCACAUGCAAGAGAGCAGCGUCCUGCACCUACAAGUGACCUUGCACUAUCUCUCGACGCUCGUGGGUUUGAGCCACCGCUUCCGGCGCGACCUUGUUCAGCGGUUUCCCAACCUCUCGCAGACGCUGCCGGUCGUGCUGCACCCGAUGCAGUCGAUAGCGAUCGCGGCCGCGCAGUUCUUUGUCGCGUUUCUCGGUGAGGACAAGGCCGUCGUCGACGCGCUCGUCGAUACGGUCCCCGAGCACGAACCGUCGACGCUGCAAUCAACGCUGGUCGAGCUCUUUCGCUUUGUGCACAUGACGAUCGCGACGCUUGUGCGUGACGCGGGCGACGUGGAUACGGACCUCUUUUUAGAUCGCAUCACAUCCCCCGACUACGACCACGCUGUGCACGUGUGCCAAGUCCUUACGCGCCUCUCCCAGGACAAGCGGGUGUGGUCGAUGAGCGUCGCUCUUGUCAACAUGACGCAGCUGACGUCGCUGGCGCAGCGUGAGGCGCACUACAUGCAAUCGCUCUCGUCCGAGCGCUUCCUCGAGUUUACCCCGCGCUUCUCGCUUGCGUUUCUUACGCUGAUUGGGACGCUCCUCUUGCACGACGACUUGCCGGACGAGAGUCAUGCGACGCUGCGCGAGUUCAACCACGUGCUUCAGAUCCCUGAUGUCGCCGCCAUGAUCAGUCGCGGUCUCUGCCAAAGCGACAGCAAGCACUGGACACACGACGUGCUGCACUUUCUCCGAAAGUUUCUCUCGCAGUCCAAGACCAAGGCCUUCCACGAGCGCAUUAGCCUCAUGACGCUGGCCGACGGCCUCUACACGUACAGCCACCGCAUGCACGAUGUUGUCGCGACCGCUCGCGCCGCGGUCGCGACCUCGGACGCAGCCAUGCUGGGCGUGACCAAGCAGCUCGACUUGGCCAAAGCCGAGCACGAGUUAGCCAAGCGCGCAUGGGCCGACCAGCUAGCGCAAGAAGACGAGCGCCAGCAGCGUCGACAGGCCGAAGUGGACGCGCAGCUCGCCGCCAAGGACGCGGCGUACAGCGCGCUUGAGAAAAAGUACGACGCGCACGUUGCGCAUCUGCAAAAGCGGCUCGACGGAGCGGCGCACGAGCUCGAUACCAAGAACCAAGCGCUGGAGAAGAAGCAGCGCGCCCUGCACGACAAUCGACUUCAGCGCUGUAGCCUCGAGGAAGAAAACAACGGGCUCAAGCGCAAGCUCCACGUCUUGGAGAUGCGCAUUGACGAAGUCGCCGAGGCCCACGCCCACACGCGUCAUGCGAUGCUGGAAACAGAGAAAGCGCGGCGGCAUGCCCAGAUCGAAUUUGAAAACAUCUCGGAAGCGUAUGCGGCGCAAAGCGUCGAGCAUUUGUCGCUUCGCGAAGAGCUCACGGCCAUGCAGGAGGCCCGGCGCGAGCGCGACGCCAAGUUUACCGAAACGUACAAGCAACUCGUGCUCCUCGCCAAAGCCCACACGAUGCAGAGCGAAGAGUUUAGCAUGACGAUGACUGAACGCGACCACCUCGAGUCGGAGCUCGGCGCUGUCCAAGAGUCGUUUGCGUCUUUGGAGAGCCGCUUCGAGAGCCAACAGUUGCAACUGGAGACGUAUGUCAAGGAGAAGGCUGCGCUCGAUGGCACGCUUGCGCGCUACCAGCAGCAUCUCCAGGACGAGCAAGCGGCGGUGCAUGCGCUUCGCCGCGAGCGGGACGAUGCCCAGCGCCAGCUCCAAGGAUUGCAUGCCAAAUUCGUGGCCAAGGAACGCGAGGUGGCCGACGCGAGUCUCCAGCUGCAGGCCAAAGACGACAUGAUUCGCGAUCGCAACGACGACGUCAAGCGACUGAAACACGAGCUGCAGCAGCACGCCGAGCUCCAAGCCAUGAUCCACAAGCUGAGCUCGCACAACGGCGAGAGCUCGAUGAACACGACGCUCUCGCAGCGGCCCGCGCCGCCCCCCACCGCCUACGUCCCCGACUCGCAGUACAGCCAGUAGACUACGAUUCCCUAUUUAAGUCCUUCCACUGGACUCUUCUUGCGGUGGUCGACACCUUGGCAACUUGCA